AGGCCGGCUCUGAGUCACUGAGCUGGUGUGCAGCGACAUGAGCGGGUUGGGGAUAGCGGCGGGGGCGCGGCCCCCGAGCUGGGCCAGCCCGGGCUCCCGGGGCACGUCGCGCCCGCGCCCGCGCCCACCUGCGGGGCUGCCCGCGGCGGGGCAGCAGGGCGCGCAGGCCGGGCUGAGCGAGGCGCAGAAGCGGGUCCUGGACCUGGAGAAGAGCCUGCAGUUCCUGCAGCAGCAGCACUCGGAGACGCUGGUCAAGCUCCACGAGGAGAUCGAGCACCUGAAGCGGGAGAACAAGGACCUCCAAUACAAGCUCAUAAUGAAUCAGAAGCCACCGAAAAAAAGUAGCAUCUCCACUUUGAGCUUUCAGUCCAACAAGUCCCUCUCCAAUUCGACGGUGUCGGUUGCUUCCCAAGGCAAAGCCAGACUCCAGCCUGGCUCCUUCAAGAAGCAAGACUCGAAAGCUGACCCCUUCCAGAAGAUGGACCUGGACGAGGAGCCCGUGGACACUCCUGUGUUUCACAACAGCAAGCUGGACAGAGUCCCUGGGGCGCAGGGGCAGGCCAGAGACGAAGAGGUGGAGACCUGGACCCCGGGGGCCGCCCUGCGCGGGGGCAGCCAGCACAAAGGCAGGCAGGCUGUGGGGGCGGGCCCCCUGGCGAGCCUGCCCCCGCACCUGCGGAAGCCCACCACGGUGCAGCAGUGUGAGGUGGUCAUUCGGCAGCUGUGGAACGCCAACCUCCUGCAGGCCCAAGAGCUGCAGCACCUCAAGUCCCUCCUGGAAGGGAACCAGGGGGCCAAGGCUGCGGCGGAGGAGGUCGAUCCUAGCUCCCCGAAGGAGCAGGAGGCCACGCAGUUCCCCCAGCUGUCAACCUCCAAGGGCGUCUCUAAGAAGUGCCUGAUCCUCAGUCCCGUGCCCGCGGCGCAGUGCUCCAUCCUGCCCGCGCUGAAGCAGACCCUGAAGAGCAACUUCGCCGAGCGGCAGAAGAGGCUGCAGGUGGUGCAGAGCCGGCGCCUGCACCGCUCGGUGCUCUGAGCCAGGCCCCGCCCGCAGCCCUAAGCCCAGCCCCCACGCCAUAGCAUUUUAAAACAGAAUUCUAAUACUUCAAAGCCAAGCUCAGUGCCAGGAUAAGACUCGUGACAGAUAAAGCACUUAAUCUUGGAACUGGGGAGCUGUCUGUUUUCUCGCUGUCCCCCCGCAGCCCUGCAGUCACACACAAGCACGCUGGUGAAGUAAGUGUGAUCCUACCUGCCGAAGACAAAAUAAAGCUCGCUUCUCGGA